AUGCCAGCUGCCAUCGCUCAUGUGAGUGACACAUGUCACACGUGUGCCUCCCUGAAAAAGCUCCAACCUCAAGUUGUACAGCAUAGCACAGAAGAACCUCCCAAGGUCGUUGGAGUUUCAUUUGCCGCAGAUGUCUUAAAGCGGUGUAAACAAACUAUCAUAGUCGUUCGCGAAACAACGACAUCCUUUACCGCAACGUCUAUUAUCCACGACGAGAAAGCCAACACACUUCGUGAUGCUCUAGCUAAG